CUGAGGACUGUCUUGCGGAGUCCUCCAUGCUCACCAAGUGGGAGGGUCACACUGGAGGGACGAAUAAGGGCAGAGAUGCGUCCCUCUUUCACUUGCUGGGAGCUGGCGCGGGCCACUCCGCGGCGGUGCGGCAGCCCUGUCCGGACUCCACCGCGCCUCCCAGGGGCUCCCACACCAACCCAAGAUCGGUGGCCAUUUGUUCCCAUGGUUGCAAGGCACAAUGAGGCACACUGGCUUUUGGAAACUGUGGACUUGGGUGGCAAUGUUCUUGCUUCCUGCUUCGAUUUGUGUGACGGUCAGGGAAAAGCCAGAAACAACCUGCCCUAUACUGAGGAUGGAGAGAAAUCAAGAUGACAGAAACAGACUUCAAGUUUCAGGCUUUGAUUUGGCAGAGAGCUUUGCUCUGAGGCGUGCAUUUUGUGAAGGUGAUAAAAUCUGUUUCAAAUUGGGAAGCGCACUUCUUCUCAGAGACACUAGUAAGAUAUUUCCCAAAGGCCUUCCUGAGGAGUACUCCGUAGCAGUCAUAUUUCGAGUACGAAGAAGCACCAAGAAGGAGAGGUGGUUUUUAUGGCAGAUUUUAAACCAGCAGAACAUGCCACAGAUUUCUAUAGUGAUUGAUGGCACAAAAAAGGUGGUAGAAUUUAUGUUCCGAGGUGCUGAUGGAGGCUUGUUGAACUAUGUUUUCAAGAAUCGAGAACUCCGUCUUCUUUUUGAUCGUCAGUGGCAUAAACUCGGCAUCGGUGUGCAAUCCCGAGUCCUUUCUCUCUAUAUGGAUUGUAACUUAGUUGCAAGUCGGCACACAGAAGAAAAGGACUCUGUGGAUUUUCACGGAAAGACAGUUAUUGCUGCGCGAGCUUCGGAUGGCAAACCUGUGGAUAUCGAACUUCACCAGCUCAUAAUCUCCUGCAGUGCAAACUUUUUAGCUGAAGAAUCAUGUUGUGACAUAGCAACUACUAAGUGUUCCGAACAAGACGACUUUGGAAGUACCACUCCAUCAUGGGUGACCUCUCACACUGGUAAAACAUCUUCACAUCUGUCGGGAAGCCAGGAGCUUAAAGACCUGUGCCAGUGCAUUCCGAACAAGGAGGAAGCAGGAUCACCAGGAACUCCAGGUUACAUUGGACAUAAAGGGGACAAAGGAGAACCGGGUGAAAAUGGCUUACAUGGUAUUCCAGGCUUACUUGGUCAAAAGGGAGAACAAGGACUUGAAGGCAUCAAAGGGGAAACUGGUGAAAAGAGUUCAGAAUACAAAGUGCACCCCAACACAGGUCUUUUAGGGAACUAUUCCACCGGUCUUGCAAAACUUGAAUUCCUCAGUGGUGAAAUACCGAUAGUACAAGGUUCCGGGUUACUGUCGUCAUAUUUUGCCCUGGAGAAGUGUUCUGAUCUCUGCCUUCUUCUCAUCCUCACCACCAGCAUCCUCACCACCAGCAUCACCACCACCAUCCUCACUAUCACCAUUGUUACUACUAUCAUCAUCACCAUCAUCACAAACACCAUCACCUAA